AUGGUUAUCCUGGCCUCUCCGAAUACAUUGGGACACUGGGGUUAUCUACUUUCCUCGUUUGCACUAACAAUAUACCGUUUUGGGCUUUUCUUGUCGAAAAAAUUCGAGGAGAAGAAACUUUGUGUUAAGGUUCUACUAAUCGGACCAUGGCUGCUGGCAUCCAUAAUUACGUGGGGCACCACAGCUUUGAAAUGUCUUAAAAGAUUCAAUCGUCACUCUUUGGGUUACACAUUCGAUUGUUCAAGUUGCGAAACCCUAUUUUUUGGUUUCUCCUUUCUCGAUUUCGACUUGUACACGGGACUGGCUAUACCACUUAUUAUGGCAGCGACUUAUGCCAUGAUAAUCUUCAGUAUCCAUCACAGUCGCAGCGCUCAUAGAGUCUCAAGUCAAUCACUUGAGAAAAAACUCGCAUCACAAUACUUGGUUAUAUGCUGCUCACAGUUUCUGGCCACAUUUUCAUUUUAUGUCAUUCCAAAAAUAGGAAAUGGGAGUGACUGGAGUACUCUUGCGCUCAAUAGCGUAGUUAGAUUUUAUGACGAAAAAUUAAGAUCAACUUGCAAAGGCCUAAAAAAUAGUGUUGACAUUUUCAUUUAA